AUGAAGCACAUUCUGUGGCAGUGCAGUUUCAAUACUAAUAUCUGGCAAUGGUUAUUGCAAACUUUUAACUUUCAAGUACCUUCUUCACUGUCUGAUAUAUUACAUUUUGCAAAGCAUAAAAGUCCUUUUGUUAAACAAGUUUGGAUGAUAGCUUCUUGUGCAAUAUUGAGGGAAUUGUGGUUUCAGAAGAAUAAAGUGAUUCAUGAAGGUAUUUCUCCAAAUCUGGAGUGUUUUAAAAGAAGAAUACUGAAUCUGGUGUUUUAUGGAGGUUAUAGAAUAACUGGAGCAAAAUGGAGGACAGAAUAUGAUUCAUAUAUACUUCACUAUUUCAUGCUAGAGCAGAGAAACAUAAAAAAUUCUAAUCUAAAGGAAUGUCAAUGGAGUAAUCCACAAUUGGGUUAUCUACUGUUCUGUUGUGAUGGUGUUGCUUUGGGUGAUCCUGGAGCAGCAGGGUAUGGUGUUAUUGCUAGAGGUUGUCAUGCUCAGGUCAUUGGCACUAUUUCUAGAGGUGUUGGUAAUGCUACAGGCUUCAUUUCAAAACUCUUAUCAAUUGUUUUUGCAACAGAAUGGGCACUAAAAUUCAGUGCAGUAAGAUAA